AUGACAUCAAAUGUUUUGCCUCAGCUGCAUGAGAAUUACUCCCUACGACCCACUGUAGAGCCUACCGAUGAGUCCAUCCCACCGCCCAAUGCUGCACGACAGCGUCGUCGAAGCGAUUCUGAGUACGCCCGUCAUCGUGCCCUUGGCUCUGGAUCCGUUCGCCGUAACGGUGUGGUUGAACCUGAUCAGCCUACUCCAAGCGGAGGUCGGAGCUGGUUGAUCUACGUUGUUGGAACUAAUUUGUCAGAAAACCACCCGGCUCUCACAACCCCCAGUCUCUUUACUGAUAAUCCCACAUAUGAGGACAUGAUCCUUCUUUCGUCACUUUUGGGCCCAGCCAAGCCUCCUGUUGCCACUCAAGCCGAUGUCAAUUCUGCCGGCGGAUUGUUCCGACUUGUUGAGUAUGAUGGCUCUUUGGUUGCAGAGUCUAUUAAUGGCGCUGGCGCCAUUCAGAUCCAGGAUGGGGAGCGGUGUCUCAUCUGCCUGAGCGACUACGAGGUGGCCGAAGAAGUCCGGGAGCUUGUCAAAUGCAAGCAUGUCUUCCACCGGGAUUGUAUUGACCAGUGGUUGACUACUGGACGAAACUCGUGUCCUCUAUGUCGAGGUGAGGGUGUUGAUGAAACCCCCAGUAACAGUGGCCCUGCUUCUGCCGACGCCGUUCCAGCUCCAGCUCCCGAGGGUACCGCUAUUUGA